UGCGUUCGCAGCUUAGUUCACUUAUUUGAGCGAACAAAAUCAGCUGUUCUUCAGUCACAACAAGUUGCAUUUAGUAAGAACUAACAAUAUAAACAAUGGCUGGUUUGCAUCAGCUUACUGUGGAUGUGAGCUGUAUAAAAAAUGAGAAUAAGGAUCACGUUGAAGAGGAGGAGCAGUGUGACAGCCAGAAAAUGAAUGUUAUAAAAACAGAGCCUGCGGAGGAAACAACAACAGACAAACUGUGGACAGAAAUUGACAUUGGACCCAUAAAACUAGAGGAAAAUUUGUACAAUAUAGAAAAGGAAGUGGAAGUGGAGACUUUUGAUAAGGAGGUGCGCAGAGUGAAGCAAAAAAAGUGUGGCCAGGCUACAUCGGACAACUAUACCAGCAAAUGGGAGUUUUUCGAUGCGCUUAACUUUAUUCAAAAUGGCGACGGAAGUAAUUAUGAAAUUCAAAAAUUGAAAGUGCAUGCAAACUGCCUGAGGAGGCAUCUGAAAAGUCCGGUAAAUCUCAAAAUCGACGUGAAAUUGUGCGAAACUUUCAUCAACGCAUUUUGCAACUGGAUACGCAUCAAAGCCAGCCUUGGAGUUACCAAUCGAAAAGCAUUUCGAAUGCCCAGCACAUGAGGGAGCUGCGACAGCGUCUCAUGAACUUGGAGCAGUCAGCAGGCAACUCUUCUAGUGAUUCUAAUGAUUGUGGCACGCCAAGCAGUCAACUGAGACGUGAGCUUGAGCAGCGUCUCAUGGAUGUGGACUCAUUUCAUAGAGCUAAAAAGCUGAGUAAUCGUCAACGAGUUGCUGUCAAGCUACCUUCAGAAACAGAAGCUGCUCAGCGGAUGCGGAGGCUGCGACAACGUCGUCGGGAUCUUCAGUCUGCUCACAGUAAUUGUAAUAGUCCAACAACUCCCCUUGAAUUGAGUGCAAAUCGAAUGGAAGAGUUUCGACAGCGUCUCUUGAAGACAACAAUUGUUGCAGCCACGGCUAAAACACAAAAACAAUUACGAAACUUGACACACAAGAAAUCCAUUGGAGGUAAAAAACUUUCAAAGCCUGCCACGUGACAAGAUCAUUAAAAGCAGAUAUUUUAUAAUUUAUUCUUAAGCUUUUAUAGACAUUAUUUCCUUAAUUCAUUUAUAUCGAUUGUUAAGGUAAGAUGUCAUUUUUAAAUUAAUUUCUUUGUAUGUUACCUGAUUUAGACGUAUGGGUGUAUUUAUUUGAGAAAUGUGUGUAUUUUGUUUAACUCAAGUUUUAAUGAGGCUUGGUAUCAUAAAAAUAUAUCUAUCUACACAAAAUAUAUAUGUGAAGUGUUAUGUUACCAAAUAAUUACAUUUAUGUAUUUAAAAAAUGUAUGUGCCUAUAAAAAAAUGAGACUUUGGCAGUUAAUAAUCUCAGAUACUUUAAAAGCUUUGGAAUUUAAAUGUAAAUAUUAGAUUUAUAUUUAUCGUUAAAUUAUAAAAAAAAAGAACUAACUAAAAUAAGUAUCUAAUGAAGAAUUCUAGAUUUAAUAAAAUUUAAACACAAAAAUGCAAACAAAUUAUG